AUGUUUAUAAUUACCUAAUUUCUAUUUGUUCUUUCUAACGAAAUUACCUGGACUAAUUAUUCCUUUACUUUCCCAUAAUUUGUUCCAUUGGUGGCUGAAAAGACUGUUUUCUCAAGAUCGCUGGAGGAAUUUGGCUAGAUAUUGAACAUCUCUAUAGAAUACGAUGGGGACAUGGAGGAAUCCAUCUGUAAAUUCGAUUAUUAAUCCAUUACUUUGGACAGACAGCCUGAGAGUCUGAUUGCUUUGGUAAGUGACAUGCAGCAGAUCGACAUUGACACUAUGAGUACAGAAGAAAUCCAGUAAGGAUUUUCACAUGAAUUGGUGUCAUACGCAAUCUCUAAUAGGAAUUUGAUCUUAUUGGAAAAAAAAGGAACAAUUCAUCAUAUGUAUUAUAAUAUUGGUGCAAAGUUUACAAAUUAAUCUACUCAUUAAUUAAUAAUUCUCCAAAAUGGAAAUGAAAAUUAAUAAAUUUUUACCGAUAAUGAGAAUUAUUAUUAUGUUGAUCAUCAGCAAUUGAUAAGAUUCACAAUCAAGGAUAAAAUGUUAGAACAGACAAAAAUCCAAAAUUGGAAGAAGGUGAAUGGACAUUUCAAAAUGUUUAUAAAUAGAGGAUUUGUAUAUUUGAUAAAUGGGAGCAAAGGAAUGCGUAUUUUAGAAUUGUAAAAUAAUUUCAUAAUUUAAGUGAAUAAAUUUGUGAUUGAAGACUUUCACUAAGAUUUGAAUUUAGUAGAUUAUGCAAUUGAAGGAGAUUGGUUGUAUUUGUUAGAUUUUGAAAACGGAGUCUUUCGCUUUAAUCUCACAUCAUUGCAAUUGGAUAAGAGAUUCUUUAUUGCCCAAAAGGGAUGCAGCAUAAUAUCUGUGAGACACAAUCAGAUCAUGUUAAUCCAAUAGUAGUUAUUGCAUUCAGAGGUAUAUGAAGGCAGAAUAGUGGAUAAUGGAUGGGGGAUGACCAGAAUGAAGACAGUAGCAAAGUAAAUCAUCAGAAAUAUCCAAUAAUUCAAUAACUUUGCCUUGCUCAUUAGUAAUCCGACCAACAACAUGUAUUAAAAACAUCUGCUAGACAAUUUUAGUGAUCCCUAUCUUUCUAAAGGUUCUAAUUUGCAUUAGAUGGAGUUUUUGGGAAUGGAUAAAUUGGAUGAGGAGUAUGUAGUGGGAAUCUACAGAUAUGGUGCAGCAAUUUAUUUUGCAUAGGAAAGAACAGCCAAAAUUUCUUGUUAGGCUAGAUUGAGUUAGCAAAAUAGAGUCACAAUUCAUUUGAAUAGUACCAAUUGUCUCAAUAAAAAUUAAUCUGAUGCAUUCAAUUAUUGCCAAAGCAGACUGGAAUACGUAUUUGAUGUUCAUAAUGUCCUGAUGUCUCAAUAGGAGGAAGAUCUUUACGUUUACUUAUGUAUUCUCGCUUUGUCAAUAAUUAUGGGACUUUUCUUGGCUAUAAUCUUUGUGUUCAGAAGAUAUCAAUUAAAAAAGGAGAAGAUUGAUUACUUAAGAAAAAGCAAAAAGGGUCUUUAAAGUUGA